AUGACGGCCAUCUACCAGACCGACCCGUUCGAAUCGGCGGCCGGCCCGGCGAGCAAGCAUGGGAAACCGUACAUGGGCCCGUGCUUGAUCUGCUGCGAGCCGUCCUAUGGAAAACACUACGGCGUCAUCGCGUGUCUCGGCUGCAAGACGUUUUUUCGCAGGGCCAUCGUCCAGCGCACCAACCAGGAAUGCCAGCGCGAGGGCCAGUGCAACACCGAGACCAAGGUCAAGCGAAUUUGUCGUGGAUGCCGGCUGAUGCGUUGUUUUGCUGCUGGGAUGAAGCUGGAAGCUCUCCAACCUCGCCGUGACCACACCAGCCUGCGCGUUUAUACCAGAAAACCGAUGAAGCGUGUCGUGUUCACCAGAGAAAUGGGAGAGACAAAACCAAGUGUUAGCGGCGAAGCUGCGCUUGAAGAAGAUGGCCCGUCACCAGGAAGCAGCACGCCAACACCCCUCGAGGACAUGCAAUUCGAAAGUGAUACGCUGCUCGAGCUGAUGCAACGUUUGACGACGAUUGAUACGCAAUGUAGACAGCAGAAGGCAGAUUGGAUCCGUUCUUGGGAUGAAGCUCGGAAGCUCGCCCACCGCGAAGGCGACAUGGACUAUAUCGAGAUGAAUGAAGCUGUUGGGCGUCGCAUCAUCCUGGCUGUAGACGUGCGUAUCAUCACCGGAUUCGAGGUUCAUUCAAUGCUCGACUGGGUGAAAUCGAUUCCGGUGUUUAGCAAGCUGAAAGAUGCAGAGAAGGAAGUGUUAUGCAAACGCUUCGCCAUGCCGUAUCAGAUCCUCGAGCACGGCUACUUCACGGCAAAAUCGGGCGUGAAAGACGCGUGGCUGUACCCGAAUGGCAGUUGUAUGCCGCGGAAUAUGGGCGCGUUGAGUAACCAGGAACAAAUCCCCGAGGACCGGAAAUGGCGCCAGGAGAAGCUGUACAAAGAGAUGACGGCCACGUGCAUUGAUGAGGUCGCUAUCCCCCUCGCCACCCUCGAAGUAUGGCCGGAAGAGCUCGUGACGCUGAAGAUCAUCCUAUUUUUGCAUUGCGUAAUGCCGCAUGGAGAUGACGACGAGAUUAGCGAGGAGUCCCGCAAGAUGUGCCUCGCUUACAAAAACCACGUGAUCCAGGCCCUAUUCCGCUACUACAAGAACCUGCAUUGGGAUGGUUAUGAAGAACGCUUCGGGAAUCUCGUGCUGCUGAUCGCCGGUAUCAAGACGGCCGCCUCGGCCAUGCUGGAGAGCUUGCAAGUAAUGCGCCUUUUCAACAUUGUCGAAUUCGAUCGUCUCUCCACGCAGCUCCUCUUCAAUUCGGAUCAA